GCUCAUCACGUGUUAUCAUUGCAUCAUCUCUCCACGUCAUUCCUGGGCUUCCAUGGUGCGUCAGAGGAACUCCCAUCCAAGCCUCCAUUAUUGGUUGAAUCUGCGCCGUGCGUUUCUACCUUCAGCGAAUCCACGCCCGUUUCGUUCCUCAACCCAACGCUAGCGGCGGUCACGCCGUCAUUCUCGAGGGUGGACGGCGGAGAGUUAUAGAAAUCUCGAGGGCGAACGGCGGAGCGUGUUGAGGCGCGUUGCGACAUGUCGUCAUUCUCGAGGCUCCACGACAAAGUGGUUUCGCAGCAGCAGAAACAGCAGCACUACCGCGACCACGUGCUGGGGCUGAAUGCGUUUCAGCGGCAUCAGAAGUUCGUUAACGACUAUGUGCGUUUCUACGGUCGCUCGGCAUCCUCCAGUGCAGCGCCCUCCUUCAAAACGGACCUUGACGUGCUCAGAGAGAGCUACAGGUUCAUUCGGUCGGAGGCGGACGAUGCAGACGGCACGUGGGAGCAGAGGCUGGCCAAGCGAUACUAUGACAAGCUGUUUAAAGAAUACUGUGUUGCUGACAUGAGCCGAUACAAGGAAAACAAGAUUGGCUUGCGAUGGCGCGCACAUGCUGAGGUUCUGCAGGGGAAAGGUCAGUUUGUGUGUGGGACAAAAGGGUGUGACAAUAGAGAAGGCCUCCACAGCUAUGAGCAUGUCAUCCAAACUUUGGUACCAGUCCAGCAUAAGGAGAUCUGGGCAGCCAAUGGCUACUUAUAUUUUACCCUUUGUGGCUUCUACACUCGGUUAUUCAUCAUCCCUGUGAUUCGCACCACUCGCAUUUGGUCAUGUCUCUCCAUGAGUUUUCACCCUCGCACAACUCUUCUCACCACACAUCCCUGCACGUUUUGGGGGAAUGGAUGCAUGUGUGGUCUUGUAUGGGCAUGCCUGCAUGGCGAGCAAGGGCAGGUCAACUUCGCCUACCACGAGGCUGGGCAGAAGAAGCAGGCUCUGGUGAAGCUGAGGGUGUGUGCCAAGCACGCAUACCAGCUUAACUACCGCAAAGAGAAGGAGCUAGAGAAGAAGCGAGAAGCAGAGCAGCGGGAGCGAGAGAGGGAGGAGCGACGGAGGGCGGAAGACAGGAAGCACAAAGAGAGGAAGAAGCGGAAGAAACGAAGCAGAGGCAGCAGCAGUGACAGCAGGCACAGCAGCAGCAGCAGCGAGACUACUGACAGUAGUGGGGGCAGCAGCAGGGAGAGGCGUGCGGAGAGUGAGAGUGGUGAAGAUGACAGUGCCAGUCGGUGUAAGAACCGGAGGAGGAACACAGCAAGAGAGGAGAGGCACAGUGCCUCUGACAGGGAGAGGGACGGAGCUAAGCCAGGGAAGGAGAAGCAGGAGGGGAAAAAGCUGCCUGGCUCUGAGAGAGACAAUCCGAGGGCAUAUGAGCAUGAGAGAGGUGGAGCAAGUGGGGCAGGUGAAGGAACAGAGGCUGCGCGAGAUGGGGGGCGAUGUGGAGAGGCAGGCACAGGAGAAUCAGCAGGGGAUGGGCGCGGGAGUGCCACCACCCCUGGGAGGGGAGGGGCUGGGCAGACCCUGGGGAGUGGCUGCGGCUUGGCGGCAGGCGUGGAGAGCAGGAAUGUCGUGGUUCAAGGAGGCACCCUGCCUGCCAGUGAGGACGUGUGGCAGCAGCCAGCAGUGACGGUGGAGCCAAGCCGAGAAGAGGAGUUUGAUGAGUACUUCCAAGGGAUGUUCUUAUAGCUGACCGUUGAGUCUUCAUUCAGAAGUCACGUGGCAGCAAUGACUGGGGUGCCAAGGCAAUCAGUUCGAUUAGUAUUUCCUUGGAAUGUUCGUGCAGUGGUUGCAUUUACUGGUGCAUGCUUGUAAUAAGAAUACGGGACUGUGAUGUGAUUGCUGACCCCACUUGAUGGUGUGUUGUGUUAGUCAGUUGUGUGGAAGUUCAGCUUAACUUCUGGUGACCAACUACGGCAUUUGAAAACAUUGUGACCAU